AUGACCACUCCCCAAUGCACGACCCCAACCAUGCUCUGCACCGACUGCACCGCCAUCAAGACCAAACUAUCCCUAUCCCCCAAAUUCACCCCCACCCAACUAACCACCCAGCCCAAAACAUACCCCGUCAUCUUCUGGAAGACCAUGCCAGAAACCACAGACCUACCAAACCUGUACCUCUUCUGCCGGCGCGCAGAGCGCAUCCUCGCAACCGAGGUGAAGGUUAGCGUGACUGUCUGGACGUCGAUCUUCAAGGAUAAGGGCGAGGCGGGGACGAAGACUGUCAAGGUUCUUGUUGACUUUGCAGAGUUUACCACGAUUAGCGAGGGUAUGAGAAGGCGAUUGUUUGAAGGGGCAGCUGAGAAUGUGGGCGUGGGCGUGGAACUUCCUACCAUGCUUGCGGACGGGAAGCUGGCGGCGCAUCCGAGUCUUGUUCGGUUGGAGUUUUUCAAAGAGAUGCAUGAGACGGCGCGCGAGGGGCGGUUGUUGAAUCAUGAUCAUGUGCCGCUGAGUAUCACUGUGUAA